ACGUUCACGCCUCUGCAGACCCAGCCUUAGGUCGCACCAAGAUGUCGGACGCCGAAGAGCAGGAAUGUGAGGAGGAGCAGCCCGAAGAAGAGGAGGCUGCGGAGGAGGAGGCUGCGGUGGAGGAGGAAGAACCCUCCCCAGCCCCCGAAGAGCCGGAGCCGGCGGCAGAGCGAGAAGAGGAACGCCCCAAACCAAGCCGCCCCAUGCCUCCUCUGAUCCCCCCAAAGAUUCCGGAAGGGGAACGCGUGGACUUCGAUGACAUCCACCGGAAGCGGCAGGAGAAGGACCUCUUGGAGCUGCAGACGCUCAUUGAUGUGCAUUUUGAGCAGCGCAAGAAGGAGGAAGAGGAGCUCAUUGCGCUGAAAGAGCGCAUUGAGCGGCGCCGGGCAGAGAGAGCUCAACAGCAACGCUUCAGAACUGAGAAGGAGCGUGAGCGUCAGGCCAAGCUGGCGGAGGAGAAAAUGCGGAAGGAGGAAGAAGAGGCCAAGAAGAGAGCCGAAGAUGAUGCCAAAAAGAAGAAGGUUCUGUCCAACAUGGGUGGUCAUUAUGGGGGUUACCUGGUCAAGGCAGAGCAGAAGCGGGGCAAGCGCCAGACGGGGCGUGAGGCGAAGGUUCGAGUCCUGUCUGAUCGUAAGAAGCCCCUGAACAUCGACAGUAUGGGGGAGGACCAGCUCCGGGACAAGGCCCAGGAACUGUGGGACUGGAUCCACCAGCUGGAGUCGGAGAAGUUUGACCUGAUGGAGAAGAUGAAGCAGCAGAAAUACGAGAUCAACGUGCUGUACAAUCGCAUCAGCCACGCCCAGAAGUUCCGCAAGGGGGCAGGGAAGGGCCGCGUCGGAGGCCGCUGGAAAUGAGGCUGAGGUGGUGGCCAACCUGGAGGAGGCAGCGGGAACCCUUGAAGGGCUCCUCCCAUCUGUUGCUUGAAAUAAACGCUCUGCCUGCGGUCA